AUGGCUGUCCAAGACGUUGUUACUCGUGAAUACACCAUUAACUUGCACAAGAGAUUGCACGGUGUCCACUUCCACAAGAGAGCCCCAAAGGCUGUCAAGGAAAUCAAGAAGUUCGCUACUUUGCACUUCAGAACCUCUGAUGUCAGAUUGGACCCUAAGUUGAACGUUGAGUUGUGGAAGAGAGGUGUUCAAGGUGUCCCACACAGAUUGAGAGUCAGAAUCUCUAGAAAGAGAAACGACGAAGAAGAUGCUAAGGAAAAGUUGUUCGCUUACGUCGAAGCUGUCAACGUCCCAACCACCAAGGGUUUGCAAACUGUCGUUGUUGACGAUGAAUAA